AUGUCGGCGGCGGGCGGUGGUCCCUGCGGCCCGGGCGCGGCCGGCCCGGCCCCGGGCGGCGGCGUGUCCAUGUUCCGCUGGCUGGAGGUGCUGGAGAAGGAGUUCGACAAGGCGUUCGUGGACGUGGACCUGCUGCUGGGCGAGAUCGACCCCGACCAGGCCGACAUCACUUACGAGGGGCGGCAGAAGAUGACGAGCCUGAGCUCGUGUUUCGCGCAGCUCUGCCACAAGGCGCAGACCGUGUCCCAGAUCAACCACAAGCUGGAGGCGCAGUUAGUUGAUCUGAAGUCUGAACUGACGGAAACACAGGCAGAGAAAGCAGUCUUGGAAAAGGAAGUGCAUGAUCAGCUUUUGCAACUCCAUGCUGUUCAGCUUCAGCUCCAUGCCAAGACUGGUCAGAGUGUUGAUUCUGGGGCUAUUAAGGCAAAACUGUCUGUCCUUUCUGUGGAUGAAAUGGAGAGGGAACUUGAAGCUAACAAGAAAGAAAAAGUGAAAGAAGCUCAGCUGGAAGCUGAGGUGAAGUUGCUGAGGAAGGAGAAUGAAGCCCUUCGUAGACACAUAGCUGUGCUUCAGGCUGAGGUUUAUGGAGCAAGACUAGCAGCCAAGUAUUUAGAUAAGGAGCUAGCUGGAAGGGUCCAACAGAUUCAGUUAUUGGGCCGAGAUAUGAAAGGACCUGCUCAUGACAAGCUGUGGAAUCAGCUUGAGGCAGAAAUACACCUUCACCGUCACAAAACUGUUAUUAGAGCUUGUCGAGGUCGGAAUGAUCUAAAACGACCAAUGCAAGCACCACCAGGUCAUGAUCCUGAUGCCUUAAAGAAGAGUCAAGGUGUUGGUCCAAUCAGAAAAGUUUUGCUAGUUAAAGAAGACCAUGAAGGAUUAGGAAUUUCAAUCACAGGUGGGAAGGAGCAUGGUGUUCCAAUACUGAUCUCUGAAAUCCACCCUGGGCAACCUGCUGAUCGAUGUGGAGGACUGCAUGUUGGUGAUGCUAUUCUGGCAGUAAAUGGAGUUAAUCUAAGAGAUGCCAAACAUAAAGAAGCUGUAACUAUUCUUUCCCAACAGAGAGGUGAAAUUGAAUUUGAAGUAGUGUAUGUUGCUCCAGAAGUUGAUUCGGAUGAUGAAAACGUGGAAUAUGAGGAUGAGAGUGGACACCGUUAUCGUUUAUACCUUGAUGAAUUAGAGGAAGGUGCAAAUUCAAAUUCUAAUAGGAAAGAUGCAAAUGUGGAUGUCAAACCUUCACAAGGUAAACCUUCUGAAACGUGUUACAUGCAGUUUAAUUCUCAGUGUGCAAACCUAUUUCUGGAAAAUACUGUUUUAUAUUCACUGUAA